AUGCAGGAAGCUCUGGCUAAAAGUCUGCCCGCCCCCCAUAAUAUUCAUGACAGGCGCUUUGCCGCCCUGUAUGAAUUGGGCGGCGAGAUUACGGAGCUCUUUGCCAAAGAGGUAAUCUCUCAGUCAGGCUUGCCUCUGUCAAGUCAGGAUCCUUUGGUAAUCCUUGACCUUGCCUGUGGAACGGGUGCCGUCUCAAGCGUCCUUCACCAUACUAUCGGUGACGACAAGAAAAGUAAGUGGCAGUUGACCUGUGGUGAUAUGUCAGACAAUAUGCUCCAUUAUACUAGACAGAAAAUGGUGCAGGAAGAAUGGCAUAAUGUCGAAGUGAAGAUCGUGAAUGCGCAAGACACUCGCCUGCCAAGUGCGCGGUAUACCCAUGUGUUCACUGCCUUUGAAUGCUUCAGAAUACUUCAGCCAGGUGGCAUCUUAGCAGUCUCCACAUGGAAGAGCACGAUCUGGGUGUGCACACUUAGUGCUGCCAUUACCAGCUUGUCCGGUCAUCUACCAGCUCCGUCAGAGAAAGAGCUUUACGGAGUAUACAAUGUCGGCUGGGACGAGGAGUCAUCUGUGCGGACUAAGUUUGAGGAAGCCGGAUUCAUUGAUAUCGAAGUCCGAACGGUGAAAAAGGACUAUUUAGUCCCCGUGGACCAGUUUGCCCAGAGCUGCACCAUUCUCAUUCCCACCAUUGUGAGCAUUUUCUGGACGCAGGAUCAGCGAGACCUGUAUGAGUCCGAGUUGCCAAUGGCCAUUCAUCGCUAUGUUGAGGGGAUUUACGGGAGAGAUGGGAUGGCUGCCAUGGAGGCUGAAGCGAUCAUUGCUACAGGCCGUAAGCCUUGA